CAGAUCAAAUAAACCUCAGUAAAGGAAGAAGCAAGCAGAAAGAGGCAAAGCAGUGAAGGUUAUAAGGACUCUACCUCAGCAAUGGACAUCCAAACGGGUCAAAUAGUUCGGGCUCCGAGUCCCAUGGAGAGCCUGGAAAAGCAGUUGAGCUGUCCCAUCUGCCUGGACAUGUUCACAAAGCCUGUAGUCAUUCUCCCGUGCCAACACAAUCUCUGCCGCAGCUGCGCCAGUGAACUCUACGACUCCAAAAAUCCCUACCACUUCUCUGGAGGUAUCUUCCGAUGCCCUACUUGUCGCUUCGAGGUGGUUCUGGACCGCCAUGGUGUCUAUGGCCUGCAGAGGAACCUUCUGGUGGAGAACAUCAUAGACAUCUACAAGCAGCAGUUGGAGAAAGGAAGCAAUGCCCUUGAACCCCCUUUGAAAUCCAAAGAAACAAAAGAGCCCAUGUGUGAUGUUCACGAAGAGGAAAAGAUCAACAUCUACUGCGUAACCUGCCAGACACCCACUUGCUCCAUGUGCAAGGUAUUCGGUCAGCACAAAGACUGUGAAGUUUCCACUCUAAAAUCUGUUUAUGAGGUCCAGAAGUCUGAGCUUAAAAAUUCAAUUGAUCUACUAGGCGCCAGCAACAGCUGUCUGCAGGCGAUGUUAUCGCAGAUGGAGGAAACCUCCAAAACAGUGGAAGAAAACUGCCAGGCACAGAAGCAGAAGCUGGGGGAGAAAUUUGACCAUCUCUACGCCGUCCUAGAAGACCGUAAGACGCAUCUUCUGGAGCAGAUCACCCAGGAGCAGGAUGAGAAGGUGGCUGUGAUCAGAUCUCUAGUCCAGCAGUACAAUGAGCAGCUGCAGGCCAGCAUUAAACUGAUGGACAAAGCUUCUCAGACGAUGGACAACAACAAUACAGCGGAGUUCCUCAUUGCUGCUAAACAGCUCCUCAUCGAAGCCAAAGAUGCAACCAAGAACUCUCAUCUACAGAGGCCAGAGCCUGGCUUUGAGAGUAUGGACCACUUCACGAUUGACACUGAAGAUGUAGAGGCCGUACUAACAAAAAUGGACUUUGGAGUUGGUGGUAUUGAUAAUGAUGAUGAUGAGGAGGAGGAAGAAGAAGAGGAGGAGGAAUAAGCAAUGAGAGACUCUAAAGACUUUGUUGACAGUAUUGAUGAAAAGGACGAUAUUCUAGCUGAUUUUGAUAACUGUGAGGCAAGGGGCGUGCAAUCUUUUUGCAACUAAUUGCACCAUUUGUACCAUUUGUGUCUUUUCCACUUGAAUUUUGUACUUUUUUAAUAAUAUGAAUGUUCAUAUUGAAUUGUUUUUUUUAUAUUUUAAUAGAACGGUAGAACAUGAUGUUUUGUUUGCUAGAUAAAAGCUAGACGUAUAAGCUGUAGAAUACAGCUUUACCAGGUUUAGAGUGUCAUGUGAGACCCAAAUGUUUGAAUACUUGAAAAUUGCACUUGCACUUGACUGUAAUGCAAUGCUCAUUUUCAUUGGAUAAUUCAGUGGAAAUAAAGGACUUA